AUGGCAGCAAGGGAAAGCAUGAAUGUACAAGAAUUAUCUGGUCCACCACGUGCAAGCGGUGCUGUUAAAGGUUAUAUUAAAAAUUGUAUUCAUGAUACAUAUCAUUUUUUAUUUGAUAAUUGUGAUGAAGUUUAUCGACGAGAUUUUGAAAAUACAACCGGUGUUGAAAAAAUAAAUACAACAACAACAGAUACGACAAAUAAUGAUCAUCCACCACAACAAACAAAUCCACCAUCAGCUGAUACUGAAACAGUUGGACCAAGUUUAAAAUCAUUACUAUUUUGGCAAAAAUUAAUGUGUCUAUUAAAUUGUGUUAUUAUAGAAGAUUGUAAACGAUAUAGUCUUGUAUUAAAUCAAUUUCCAUCUGAAUUAAAUGUUGGACAAAAUAGUGCUGAUACACUAUGGAAAUUAUUAUCAGCCGAUUUAAAAGAACAUUUAGAAGAACAUGCUAGAAUACCAGCUGAAAAACGUGAAGUAAAAAGUACAGCAUAUAUGACAUUACAUUUUAAAGUAAAAGGUUUUUAUGAUCAAUCAGUAAAAGCUGUUGUACCAGAAUCUAAAAAUCAAACACCAGAUUAUCCAACGUGGUUUGAACCAUUUGUCAUGCAAUGGUUAAAUGAAAACGAUGAUGUAUCAAUGGAAUAUUUACAUAAUGCUUUAGAAAAAGAUCGACAAACUGGCUUUCAACAAACAUCUGAACAUUGUUUAUUUUCUUCAUCUGUUGUCGAUGUAUUUACUCUAUUAAAUCAAUGGGAUGGAGUAAUAAAACAACUAGAUUUGAAUGAUCCAAUUGUUAUUAAUAAAUAUAUGCAACGUUUUUCGGUAACCAUUAGUCAAGUACUAUUGGGUUAUGCAAAUACUAUUCGUCGUACAUUUGAAAAUUAUGGUGGACAAGAUCGAGUAUGUUCAAUAUUAAUGAAUAAUAUUCAACAAUUAAGAUUAAAUUUAGAAAAAUUAUAUGAACUUAUGGGGGGAAAUAAUUUAGAUGAAGAAUCUCGUAUGAUGUUAAAUGAAUUACAAAAACAAUUGAGUGAUGUGCUUGAUGAAUUAAGUGCCAUGUUUGUAAAAAGUAUUGAAUCAACGAUUCGACAAUGUAUUGAAGAAGUAUAUAAACAACUUCAAAAUAUUAAAGGAUCAAAUAUGACUGGUGGUGGACAAAAAGGACAAGAUAGUGUGGUUGUUACGAAACCAUUGUUUGAAUAUUUAAAUCAAAGAUUAACAGUAUUUGCUAAUCAAUGUGAAAAAACCGUUUUAAAACGUUUAUUAAAAGAAUUAUGGAAAGCUGUAAUCAUUGAUUUAGAAAAAGUUAUUGUUUUACCACCAUUUUCAGACUCCAAACAUCUAUUGACCAUACCAAGUGCUAAAAUAGAAGAUGCUUAUCGACUAUUAUCAGGGGAACUCGGUCGUGAUAAUGAUCGUUUAUUAACACAAAAACAGUGUCAAGUAUUAGAUCGUGGUUUAGAAGAUUUAAAAGAAUUUUUUCAUGCCAGUGGUCAAGGUUUAAAGAGAAAUUAUUUAGAAAAAACACAAGAAUUACAGUCAUUGAAAUAUGCAUUGUCAUUAUAUACACAAACAACGGAUAGUCUUAUUAAAACAUUUGUUAAAACCGAAAAAGAACAAGAUCGUCCAGCUCAAGAAGAAUCAUUUGGCGAAGUAUCUAUUCAGGUGGAUUUAUUUACUCACCCUGGCUCCGGUGAACAUAAAGUGACCGUUAAAGUUGUUGCUGCUAAUGGUCUAAAAUGGCGUACAUCAGGAAUAUUUCGUCCAUAUGUUGAAUUAACAAUGUGUGGACCUCAUUUAAGUGAUAAAAGACGACGACAUUCAACAAAAUCAAAGAACAACACCUGGAUACCAAAAUAUAAUGAAACAUUUCAUUUUAUGCUUGGUAAUGAAGAAGAACCUGAUUGUUAUGAAUUAAAUGUUAGUGUUAAAGAUUAUUGUUUUGCACGAGAAGAUCGUUUGAUUGGAAUGAACGUUAUUAAAUUGUCAACCGUUGUUGAACAAGGUUCAUGGUCGUCAUGGGUACCAUUAGGUUCUCGUGUAAAUUUCGAUGAUACUGGUCUAACAAUACUAAAGAUAUUAUCACAUCGAACGAAUGAUGAAUUGGCAAGAGAAUUUGUACAAUUAAAAUCAGCGAGACGCCAUAAAGAAGAAGUGUAG